UCCCUUUCUUUAUCUGGGUCUUCCCCGUCUCAUAAACCUUGAACCAAAGUCUAACAAAAAAAAAAAGCUCUCGAAGUCCUAAAGCAAUGGCUAAUCUUUUCUUGUUCAUUGCUAGAUCUUUCUUCAAGCUAAGUUCUUUCAGCGCCUUGCUUCUGUUUUUGUUCUCAUUCUCAAUUUUCACCUCAACAGAAGAUGGAAAUAUCACAAUCAAAUGGGAUAUCAUGAGUUGGACCGCUGAUGGCUAUGUUGCGGUUGUCACAAUCUAUAACUUCCAGCAAUACCGGCAUAUCCAAGCACCAGGGUGGACAUUAGGUUGGAAAAGGGCUAAGAAGGAGGUGAUUUGGAGCAUGAUGGGAGGGCAAACAACCGAACAAGGGGAUUGUUCUAAAUUCAAAGGGAAUGUUCCACAUUGCUGUAAGAAGGAUCCAACAGUUGUGGAUCUAUUGCCAGGAACGCCUUACAAUCAGCAGACUGCAAACUGCUGUAAAGGGGGAGUGCUAAACUCGUGGGUGCAAGAUCCAGCCACUGCAGCUAGCUCAUUCCAGGUGAGUGUUGGUCAGGCCGGAACCACAAAUAAGACGGUUAGAGUUCCUAGGAACUUCACUCUGAAGGCACAAGGGCCCGGUUAUACAUGUGGACCAGCAAAAAUUGUUAAACCCAGUAAAUUUGUUACCGCAGACAAAAGAAGAGUCACGCAAGCUUUGAUGACAUGGAAUGUUACAUGCACGUAUUCGCAAUUUCUAGCUCAGAAAACACCUAGUUGUUGUGUGUCUCUCUCAUCCUUCUAUAACGAAACCAUAGUACCUUGCCCUCAUAGUGCUUGCGGCUGUCAAAAUGCUUCUCAGCCGGGGAGCUGUGUAGAUCCGAAAGCUCCGCAUAUAGCAUCGGUUGUUCCAGGGAAGAAUAACUUGGCUCCUUUGGUCCAAUGUACAAGCCAUAUGUGUCCGGUCCGAAUUCAUUGGCAUGUUAAGCUUAACUACAAGGAGUACUGGCGAGUUAAGGUCACGAUUACUAAUUUCAAUUACAAUAUGAAUUAUACUCGGUGGAACUUAGUUGUGCAGCACCCCAACUUCAACAAUCUCACUCAGAUUUUCAGCUUCAACUACAAGUCUUUAACUCCAUAUACAGCGAUAAAUGAUACAAGCCGGUCCGCUUGGUAACGUGCAGUCAGAGCUACUUUUCCGUAAGGAUAAAGGAACUUUUACAUUCGAGAAGGGUUGGGCUUUCCCGAGAAGGAUCUACUUCAAUGGCGAUAAUUGUGUUAUGCCACCUCCCGACUCGUAUCCUUGGUUGCCUAACGCCAGUUCCC